UAUAAAUGCUCGGGCAUACCCAAAUGAAAUUAGAAGAAAGGGUAUUAACAACUAGCGACAUGAGAAAAAUCUUCUUAAUAUUGGCUUGUGCUGCCACAAUAAUCCAGUUGGCUUCAGCGUAUUCUAAAAAGGAUAAAGAUUGCAAAUGCCAUGAUUCAGAUACAGAAAUUGGACAACGUUCAAGAUAUGCCGAUAUCAUCCACGAAAUACAAUCCAGUUUAUUUAAUUACUUUUACAAGAAGUAUCCCAAUAAAUCUGUGUCUGUGACAGGAAGUUCUGUACUAAGCAUAUUAACUCAACUUGCAUUACAUAAACCACGUGGAGCAGAUUACGAGAAACUAUUGCAAAUUCUUCACGUAAAGAAUAUAGAAGAGGCGAAAGCAUUGGCACGUUUAAUAGUAAACAUAAUAAAUAAAGACAAAAAUCAAAGUCAAAAAUACGAAGUAUAUGCCGAUAGAACACAGCUAUAUACAAGAAUAUUUUUAAAUAAUUUUAAGGAGGUAUGCGAUGGGGAGGCCAGAUAUUUAAACUAUAAAAAUAAUGUUGAAGCAGAGAGUAAUAUCAAUGAUUGGUACUCGCCUCCAGAAAAUAAAGACCAUGGAAUAAGAAGCCGCUGUUACAGAAGGAAUGGUCUUAUUUUCAAAACCACUUUAAACAUGUCUAUUGAUUUCAGUCAUCCAAACAAUCCAUCAGGAAGAGCAUUAGUUGACUAUUAUGUAGACAGUAACACAGUAGUGAAAAUUCCUAGCCUUCAUGGUAAUGCACGUGUGUUAUAUUAUAAGGACACUGAACUUAAUAUAGAGUACGUGGGAAUAUAUUAUAACAACCAUGGUGCUGUCCUGCUCCUCGGUAUGCCCAAUGAUACUAAAGACUUGCCUCGAGUAGUUGAAAUAUUUACGAACAAGGAGAAGAAGGAUAAAAUUAUUCGUUCUUUGAAAUUGAUUUGCGUCGAACUCACCACGAUCUUGGGAGCCGUUCAUAUGAAAAACAACUUGGUGCCGUAUCUCCUCGGUCAGGGUUUCAAUCCUAAUGGAUAUUUUAACGUAUUCACACGAAGUACAGCCAAUGUCAAUGCUUAUGUACAACAUAUCAAUAUUGUGGUAUCUGAGAUCCAGCAGCGUGCUAGCAUCCACUCACCUAUGUGUCCAAUCGGCAAGUGCUUGCCUAAGGUGAGACUGAAUAAACCAAUGGCGUAUUGCGCGAUCCAAGAUGAAUUAUCCUUAGCGUUGGGAACAUUUGUGAUUGAAAGAAAAGGAGAGUACGUGUGAACACCUUCGUGCCUUCGUGCCUGUGUUUUUGUGUGUUUUUUCUUAAAAAUAUUUGUAAAUUUGUGUUCUUACAACUGACAAAUAAAUUUUGAUGAAUUG